GAGAGAGAGAGAGACAGCGAGUCGGCAGCGAAAAGCAUAUCCGAGCGCGGAGAAAGUGAGAGCUUCUCGAGCCGCCGUAGCAGCAGCAGCAGCAGAGAGCCGCCUCGUUGAAGAGCAGCAGCAGCACAUUAUAGUAGACAGACGCUGGGCGCCGCGCGGUACCGAUCACAGCACGCAGAGCUGCCGGCAGCUGCACUCCGACGAGGAGAGCCGAGUGUGUGCAAGUGACGAGAGAAAGAGAGAGACCGAUGCUGCUUCCCCGAGGAAAGUGACGCGUCGGGGGUGUUAUGGCCGCAGAUAGCUGGACCGCCAGACCGCUGCACUGUUGACGGAAGAGAGGGCAUGAGUCGCGAGGGAAGUCGGCCUGUGAUGCGCGAGUGCAACGAAGACACGUGAUUUCUCUCCGUUAUUCUCAUCGAUCGUCGUUCCGUAGAUCGGUAACGAAUCGGCAGUAAAGGCAGCGCGUAACGAUCGUCACGAUUCGCGCGAAAGGGGUUGGAUCGGUAUCGGCAUAGAGAGGGGAAAUCGGCUGAGGGAGAAGAGAAAAUUUUCAUGGUUCGUUGUGUUAUGGUGCAAGAGGAUCGGCGAGAUCUCGAUCGCGAGUGAAGAAGAAGAAGAAGAAGAUCGCAGUCCCCAUCCUUAUCCUCCAGGAGUAGUCGGCCGGGAUUUUGGCUCGAGUCGUAAUAAGAUGCUGAUAACGAAGCCAUGCAGCUGUCUACUACUCGCUCUCGUUCUGGGCCUUCGCUCGAGCACGUGUCGCGCCGCCGCCAGCAGCAGCAGCAGCAGUACUUCCCUCGUCAGUCUCCCGACCAGCAGCAGCAGCAGCAGCAGUCCAACCUCGCCGCUCCAGCGUUUCGCGACCUCGAGCAACACCACAGCUUCAGGUCGUUCUCGUAGACGACGCUUCGUGCGCUUCCCCGCACUGCCUCCAAGCUAUGUACUCGAGGGUGCGGGUCCACCUCCGCCGAUCCAGCAGUCCAGGAGUCUGGGCUUCGCCAGCGUUAGGUUCGGCGGUCCCAGCGCCGGUCAGUAUCCAACCUGGAGGCAGCACAAGUCCUACUGGAGACAACACUCCGGGCCACCGACCAUCGGUGCUGACUACCCCGCGAGACCCUCCGCACCGGUUAUGGGACACAGGACUCCCAGGCUCAUCUUCAGGGAUAACGACUUUCCCGUAGUUUCCGGAAGCGCCAACAAUUUCUUCCAGUCCAACCAGUUGCCCGACGUCGAGGAGGACUUCAGAGAUCAUCGGAAGCAAAUUUUUAAUGAAUAUCCCAGACUGGAAACAGAAUGCGGUAUUUCGGCCUCGAAACAAACUGCGCAGAGGCGAAUCGUUGGUGGAGACGAGGCAGGCUUUGGAAGUUUUCCUUGGCAGGCUUACAUUAGAAUAGGCUCGAGCAGAUGCGGCGGAACGCUUGUAAAUCGCUUUCACGUCGUUACGGCUGGCCACUGCGUAGCUAAGGCAUCCGCUCGUCAGGUGCAGGUCACGCUCGGCGAUUAUGUCGUAAAUUCGGCGACGGAGUCGUUGCCGGCCUACACCUUCGGCGUAAGAGAAAUCCGGGUACAUCCGUACUUCAAGUUUACACCGCAGGCCGACAGAUUUGAUGUUGCUGUUCUACGGCUGGAUAGACCAGUUCAUUACAUGCCUCACAUUGCUCCAAUUUGUUUGCCAGAGAAAAAUGAAGACUUUUUAGGGCAAUACGGUUGGGCAGCAGGUUGGGGUGCCCUUCAAGCAGGUUCAAGGCUUCGACCAAAAACGUUACAGGCUGUGGAUGUACCCGUGAUCGACAACCGAGUUUGUGAAAGGUGGCAUCGUACGAAUGGUAUCAAUGUAGUCAUCUACGAUGAAAUGAUGUGUGCUGGCUAUCGGGGUGGUGGCAAAGACUCGUGUCAGGGUGACAGUGGCGGUCCUUUGAUGCUUGAGAAAACUGGAAAAUGGUACCUUAUUGGUAUCGUGUCUGCUGGAUAUUCGUGUGCUCAACCCGGACAGCCAGGAAUUUACCAUCGUGUUGCGAAGACGGUGGAUUGGAUUACGUAUGUCAUUAAUUCGUAGCAUACGAAAUAUGACUAAAUGAUCAAAGAAAAAUGACCAUUUAACUGUUAUAAAAUUCGAGCGUUGGUAUAGACAAUUUGAUAAACAAAUGAUGUAAAAAGAUGUAUUCAUGUUCUAUGCCAAAGUCAGAUACAUUAGUACUUGGGAUGCUUCAUUAACGGAAACACCAGUUCUUGAAUCGAUUGUAAUGCGAUACCAAAAAUUAAUGUCUCUGAUUUUCAUUGAGUUAUGACUAUUAUAAUUAUUAUUAAUAUUAUUCAAUCUAUUUAAUUUUUCAUUGAUAAAAUAAGAAUAUUUAAAAUCGCGAUGAAUCUAAGAUUGAAAAUCUGUAAGUAAAAGAUAAUACUGUUGAACUGUUAUAAUAUUAUAAGAUUGUUAUAAAUUUCUUUUUUAAUUACAGAUUUCAAUACAUUAUCAAAAUUUAAUUAUUGGAAAGAUUUAAGCACGCGAUAAAGUAUUUUAGGAAUUCUCUUAUAUAACUGUCGAAUAUUUAUUUUCAUUUAGCAUAAAAUGAUUGUCAUUCGAAAAAUAAAAAUAUAAAAAGUACGAAUUAAAAGAUGGGGAAAAAAGACACUGAUGUGCAUAAAACAUAGGCGCGUUAUUAUAAUUAUCGUACUGUAUAGUAAUGUAAAUGUUUAAUGAACUGUCGUUUGACAACAAUUUUGUGGAUUUCUCGGAUCCUCAAUUUUUUAUAUAAAUAGCGAAGAAAAGAAAGUAUGAAUGAUUUUGAAUGUUGCUUAAAACUGUGAAUUGUAUCAGAUUUUCUACUGAAAUGGUUAUAAAAUUAAUUAUUUUUUGUGCUACAUAAUGUAGAAUUUUCAGUAGGGUUUUCUGUUUUCCACACAAGUGAUUGUUAUUUUCAUGAAAUAAGAGUUUGUGCUUUUUAAAUUAUCAAACAUUUCGUUCUCUAAAAUCUUUCGUCAAAAAUAACAAGACAUUUGUGAACUGACAAAUCACCAUUACGUAAAAUAAGCAUUAUUUACAUUAUGUAAAUGUUGAUAAGAAAUAAAAAUGUAAAUAUUUUUCAUAUUUUUAAAUAAAAUUGUAUAAAUUGA